AUGGAGAAGUUUCACGGAUUCAAGGCCUCGUCGUCAAAUUGGAAGCCAAAUUUGGGUGGACGAUUGCCCAGGCAAAUACAAAGAGCUUUGCCCAUCUACGCUGGUGUCAUUCUCUUCAUCCUCUUUCUCUCAUACGGCAACUCUUUUACGCCGAAGUUCGAAGUCGCCCAUGUAAAGAAGCGCAGUGUCAACGGGCAGAAAGUUCUGGGUGCGGAUUCGUUAGCUCAGAAAUCGCCGACGAGGUUUCCGAAGAAGAUUUGGCAAACGUGGAAGAUUGAUCCUCUCGGCUUCGAGGACAGAGAUUUGACCUGUGCGCGGACUUGGACACAGAAGAAUCCAGGUCAUCGCUACGAGGUGCUGACAGACAACAAUGACCUCUAUUACGUUGAAACGCAUUUCGGCCCGGAGGGCAUCAACCGAAGCGACAUUGUUGAGGUGUACAAAGCGCUGACUGCGAAGAUCAUCAAAGCGGAUCUCCUGCGGUAUCUGGUCAUGUAUAUAGAAGGUGGAAUCUAUGCGGACAUUGACGUGGAGGCGUUGAAGCCAAUUGAUCGCUUCAUUCCCGAGCGGUACAACGAGGGCGACAUUGACAUGGUCAUUGGCGUCGAAAUCGACCAGCCCGACUUCAUUGCCCACCCAAUCCUGGGCCCGAAAUCAAUGUCCUUCUGCCAAUGGACAUUCAUGUGCAAGCCUGGACUUCCAGUCAUGAUGCGCCUUGUUGAAAACAUCAUGAUUUGGCUCAACGAAUUAUCGAAGAAACAAGGCGUCCCGAUAUCCGAUCUGAAACUCGACUUCGAUGAAGUGAUUUCCGGGACUGGACCGUCGGCAUUCACCGCCGCUGUUUUGGCAGAAAUGAGUAUCAAGAACGGUUAUGAGGUGAAAUGGGACACCUUCCACAACAUCCCUGAGUCUAAAGUCGUCGGUGGCGUCUUGGUCCUCACCGUCGAAGCCUUCGCCGCUGGACAAGGACACUCCGACUCGGGCAACCACAACGCUCGAACGGCAUUGGUGAAGCACCGCUACCACGCCUCCAAAUGGCCGACGGCUCACCCGCGGUACAAACACCCGGUGUACGGCGAAGUCGAGAAGUGCAACUGGGAAGUCGAGUGCGUGAAGAUGUGGGACUACAACACCGCGUUGUUUGACGGCCUGACGGAGGAAGAAAAGCAGAAGCUGAUUAUCGAGAAGAACCAGGCCGAUAUGCAGAAGCAGGCUGAGGAUGAAGCGUUUGCGAGGAAGUUGGAGGCGUAUGAGGCCGCGAGGGCGGCGCAGGAGGCUGGAAGGACGCUGGCUGGUCAGGAGACUGGCGUUGCCUCGAUGAGCCGCCCCGCGUCCCAAUUUCUUGGGCUGGCAGCAGCUACUGAUUCAUUUUCAAAGAGACUUGAAUGA